AUGGCUUAACGGAAAGACUUUUAUUUUUGUACCUGAAGUUCCUUGUCGCUUAUUAGAUUUUUAUGGUGGCAGAAUAGAUUAUGAUCCUUCUCAAGAUAAUUAUGAGACUUACAACCAAGUAGUUGAAUUUUUUCGUCAUAUUAUAGAUAGAAUUGAAGUACAAGAAAAAAUCAUGGACUAUAAAUUUUUUAUUAGUGAAUAUCCAAUCAAUAAAAAUCAACAACAAGAUCCAGAGAAAGAAGAUACGAAACAAAAAAAACCCAUUAAAAUCAGAGAAAUUAUUCAAAAAAAUAGAGAGAAAAUUCAAGGAUUUUAUGUAAAGAUAACUGAAGUAGAUAAAUCAAGACAUCCUCCACAACCUAGAUUUCAUUGUAUUUCAUGUGAUCAAGAAUCAGAAACCAAUAAAAUAUCUAAAUUAAAUUUUCCAACUUAUACUCAUGAUUCAUUAAAAUUGCACAAUUUAUGGCUAGAUGCUAAAGCAAGACCAAUGUUCAUAGUGACACCUAAAAGACAUCUAGAAAGAUUAUCUCAAUGCAACAAUCAAGAAAUUUUUAGCAUGUUUUAUUUAGCAUUACAGAUUUUAGAACAAGAAGUGAGAUUAAGUAAAGCAUAUUGGAAUAAUAUUAGAUAUAUAGGAAUGACUUUAAAUCAUGGCAAUGCUAGAAACAUUGAGCAUUUACAUCUUAAAGUUAAAGUUCUCAAGAAAGAUUUCAUUUGGUUUAGGAAACAUGGAUGGGACAAGGAGAAGGAAGAAAGGUAUAAAAUACUUGAAAGUGGUUUAUACAAAAGGGAUGCAAGAAUAGCUAGAAAAUAA